CUGUUACUAUCGUUCCUCGCUCAUCAUCGCACAGACGGAGAAGAAGCGGCCACCGGCACCAGGGCCGGCCCUGGCCCAAGGCGACCAAGGCGGUCGACUUGGGCCUCAGAUUUUAGAGGGCCUCAAAUUUUGAGGCCCAUAGGGGAUGGAAAAAAACAUAAAAUAAAAAUAAGUUAGGGCAAGUUUCAGACGACACAAUCUGCUUCGACACUCCGCAGGGCGCAGCCUCCGCUAUCGCCUCAGGUGACAAGGGCCUCACAUUUGAAAGUUCGCCUAGGGCCUCUCAAAAUAUUUUGAAUCUCAGGGCCGGCCCCGCCGGGAACUAACGUCUAGCUCGGGUUUUUCAAGUUCUAGGGUUGGGGUUUCUUUUCAUCUAUCUUUUUCCUACUCAAUUAAGGCAUAUCAACACUCCCUCUCUAGGGUUUUACAGAGAUGGAGUUUGUGAGCCCAGAAGGUCUUCGUUUAGAUGGACGCCGUCCUAUGGAGAUGAGACAGAUUCGAGCAGAAAUUGGUGCCGUUGCCAAGGCUGAUGGUUCUGCUGUUUUCGAGAUGGGUAACACCAAAGUCAUUGCUGCUGUGUAUGGCCCAAGAGAGGUCCAAAAUAGGAGCCAACAACUUAAUGAUCAGGCACUGGUCCGCUGUGAGUAUAGCAUGGCCAAUUUUAGCACUGGAGAUCGAAUGAGAAAACCAAAGGGUGACAGGCGGUCCACAGAGAUAUCUCUGGUUAUUCGCCAGACAUUGGAAGCAUGCAUAUUGACCCACCUAAUGCCUCGUUCUCAGAUAGACAUUUUUGUUCAGGUUCUCCAAGCCGAUGGAGGAACAAGGUCAGCAUGCAUAAAUGCUGCUACCUUGGCCCUUGCAGAUGCUGGAAUUCCUAUGCGUGAUCUUGUUACUUCCUGUAGUGCUGGAUACCUUAAUAGCACUCCGCUGCUUGAUCUAAACUAUGUAGAAGAUAGUGCUGGCGGCCCUGAUGUCACUGUAGGAAUUCUACCUAAGUUGGACAAAGUGACACUUCUUCAGAUGGAUGCCAAGUUACCAAUGGAUAUCUUUGAAAACGUAAUGCAAUUAGCAACAGAAGGAUGCAAGGCAAUAGCAAAUUACAUUCGGGAAGUAUUACUAGAAAACACCAAGCAACUGGAAUAUCGACGGGGUCUAUAGCUUAAACAGAAGGGAUGCAGUACUGUGCUCUGUUGCCUCUACGAGCAGCUCACCACUGUGCAUCCUCGGAUCCUCAAAUUUUUGUAUCUAUUUGGGGUCUACCGUCAAUUUUUAUAUCGAUUUGGGGUGUACCGUCUUCUCUUAAAGCGCGAAAUUUAACUUAAAGAGAUGGUUUGCAUGGAUGGGAGGGUGGUGGGUUAUGGAUAGCGGUUAUGUGGAAAGUCGUUCUAAGCUUGAUUUGAAAUUGUUGUAGGAAGACACUACCUAGGUUUCAAAUUUGGAAUACAGAAAUUGAAUUUUGACGCCAAAAUGUGUUUCUUCUUCUCUCUUCUUUUUUAUUUGUAUUUUCAAAUUUAAAGGAAAAUUGCUUUUUUCUUUUU